ACAAGAAAUCCUUAUAAAUAGUGAGCUUCAUUCAUGAGUUUGCAAGCAGUGCAAGAAAUCAAGGAAACAAACCACAUAAGAGGUUUUUUCAUCUGUUAGUUCUCGUUUUCAUUUUUCUUUCCAAGAAUAUUUUGCAGAGUGUUGUAGGUUUGGUUAAGUAACUAUAAAUGGAUGGCAAGAGGAAUACCAUUCUUUUCAAGUUGUUUGGGAGUUCAAUUAGCUACAUGCGGAGAUGUCUAUUCAGCGUGCUGUCUGUCGGUCCGGUCCCAAACCAUCUGGCCUUUAUUCUAGACGGAAAUCGAAGGUACGCCAAGAAGUGGAACCUUGGAGAGGGAAUGGGCUACAGAGCUGGAUUCUUGUCCCUCAUGUCAUUGAUAAAGUACUGCUAUGAGCUGGGAGUGAAAUAUGUGAGCAUAUAUGCAUUCAGCAUCGACAAUUUCAGGAGACGGCCUGAGGAAGUUCAGUGCGUGAUGGAUCUGAUGCUGGAGAAAAUCGAGGGACUGCUCAAGGAAGAAAGCCUCGUGAACCAAUAUGGUGUGAGGGUUUAUUUCAUUGGGAACUUGAAGCUUCUGCAUGAGCCUGUCCGCCUUGCUGCCGAGAGGGCCAUGAAAGCCACGUCCAACAAUAACAACAGCAUUCUCCUGAUCUGUGUGGCUUAUACCUCAACUGACGAGAUUGUGCAUGCUGCUCAAGAGUCUUGUGAGGAUAAGUGGGCUACGACCCAAUCUUCGGCUAACAUCAAGGAUUCUCAGGACGGUGAAGAAAAGGACACUGACGACGUUAUAAAGCUGUCUGAUAUCGAGAGUCACAUGUAUAUGAGAGUGGCGCCCGAUCCAGACAUUUUGGUCAGGACCUCGGGGGAGACUCGUCUCAGCAAUUUUCUCCUCUGGCAGACUUCAAACUGCCUCCUCUAUUCGCCCAAAGCAUUGUGGCCGGAGAUCGGUUUGCGUCACUUAGUUUGGGGAGUGUUGAACUUCCAAAGAGCUCAUCCUUACCUGGAGAGGGGGAGGAAGCAGCCAUGACUGGUGAAGUUGUUUAAGCACAUCUAUCACUUUCUUGUGGGUUUAAUACCACCCCAAAUGGCUGUCAGCUUUAGAGGGUUAAGAUAUAAAUCAAGUAAUUAGCUACUCAAUAAUGUUUGUAUCUAAAUCUUUGCUGUUAUAGUGAAGUAUUGUUGUUGAUAAAUAUAGUUUGUGUUAACCAGCUUAUGGUUGCUAAAUAAAGAAGGUACUUUGAUGGUUUCUCAAUUCAA